UCCAGUUCAGUAGUUCAGCUCGGACCAGAUCAGCAGUUUGGUCCGUUGGUUCUCCUUGGACUUAUUUUGAUCUACACCCGGACCUGAAGGCGGUCUAACCCGGGACAGCUGCACUCAGAGUCUGACCGGGGACACUUUGUGAUUCUCUCCAACCCGGAAUAAGCACUGUGAGCCGGGCCAGAGGGAGAGAGAGAGAGAGGGAGGGCGCCGUUAACGUAACCUCCGUGACGUGGGUCCGCCCGGGCUGGGUUCACCGACUCGCUGUUCGUCCUGCGCGGUGUUUUCUGAGAGAUCGAUCAUCAGAUCGGAGGAUUAUUCGGUGAAUUGAUCGGCGAGUGAGGAUGGAGAGGAAGAGGACGGACUGUCCCGCUCUUCCGGCCGGCUGGAAGAAAGAAGAAGUGAUCAGGAAGUCUGGGCUGAGCGCAGGGAAGAGCGACGUCUACUACUACAGUCCUUCAGGUAAAAAGUUCAGGAGUAAACCUCAGCUGGCCCGUUACCUCGGAAACACGGUGGAUUUAGGAUGUUUCGACUUCCGGACGGGGAAGAUGAUGCCUGGGAAAAUGCAGAAGAACAAACAGAGGCUCCGGCAUGACCAGCUAAGCCUGUCUAAGGGAGGUAAACCAGACCUGAACACCGCUCUCCCAAUCAGGCAGACAGCCUCCAUCUUUAAACAGCCCGUUACCAAGGUUACGAGUCACCCCGGCAACAAGGUGAAGACGGACCUGCAGAGAGGGACCGAUCAGCCCCGACAGCUGUUCUGGGAGAGGAGGUUGAAAGGUCUCCGUUCAUCAGACGUCACAGAGGAAGUCCUGCGGUCGAUGGACCUGCCCAAAGGCCUGCAGAGUGUUGGUCCAGACUCCAGCGAGGACACUCUACUGUCCGCCAUCGCCAGUGCUCUGCACAUGAGCUCGGCUCCAAUCACGGGACAGACGUCUGUGGCUGCUGAGAAGAACCCGGCAAUCUGGCUCAAUGUGUCCCAGCCACUCUGCAAGGCCUUCACUGUCACUGACGAACACAUCAGGGAGCAGGAGCUGAAGGUGUACCACGCCAGGAGGAGCCUGGAGGAGGCGCUGAUGGCUGACGGUUUGGCGCGGGCCGCCGAAAACACCCGAGAGCUUCUGGAGGGGAAGACUGCCUGAAGACCAUCGGACAGGAGAGAGAGACAGAUUCCUUCUGUUCACCCACCUCAGGUUAAUCAUCAUCAUCUUCUUCAUCACAAGAACAACAAACCAAAAAAAGAUCACCCGGAGAAUAAAACAUCAUCAGCACUGAACUGUUGACCGGGUUAAUUCAACCUUUAACACGGGAACACAGAAAGUGAUUCUCCAAAGCAAUAAUGACAUCAACAAUGAUCAGAACACCAGCAACAGCAGCAAUAAACCACUGCAACAGGAAUACAGGGAGCAACAGCAGCAAAAAAGCAACACGACAACCAAAGGAUUGCAUCCAGAAUACAAGGAGCAACAGCAGAAAAAAAAGCAACAUGACAAUAAAUGAUUGCAUCCAGAUUACAGGGAGCAACAGCAGCAACAUAUUGAUAAAGGAUGGCAACAGCAACAACAGCAGUGACAUGUCAAUAAAGGAUUGCAGCAACAACAUGAAAAUGAAGAAUUGCAACAGGAAUACAGGGAGAAACAGCAGCAAAAAAGCAACAUGACAAUAAAUGAUUGCAACCAGAAUUCAGGGAGCCACAUCAGCAUAAACAGCAGCAACAUGUCAAUAAAGAAUUGCAACAUCAACAACAGCACUGACAUGUCAAUAAAGGAUUGCAACAACAACAUAUAAAUGAAGAAAUGCAACAGGAAUACAGGGAGAAACAGCAGCAAAAAAGCAACAUGAUGAUAAAUGAUUGCAUCCAGAAUUCAGGGAGCAACAAUAGCAGCAACAUGUCAAAGAAUUGAAACAGCAGCAACAGCAGCAACAUGUCAAUAAAGAAUUGCAACAGCAGCAACAUGUCAAUAAAGAAUUGCAACAGUAGAAACAACAGCAGCAACAUGUCAAUAAAGGAUUGCAGCAGCAACAACAGCAGCAACACAUCAAUAAAGGAUUGCAACAGCAACAACAGCAGCAACACGUCAAUAAAGGAUUG